AUGACUACCGUGGAGAAAAUCAAGGCCAUUGAAGAUGAAAUGGCCAAGACCCAGAAGAAUAAAGCCACUUCUUUUCACUUGGGACAAUUAAAAGCAAAGUUGGCAAAGUUAAGAAGAGAACUAUUAACUGACGGGUCUGGAAGUGGUGGAGGUGGUGCCGGUGUUGGAUUUGAUGUGGCUAGAACCGGUGUUGCAACAGUUGGAUUUGUUGGUUUCCCCUCGGUGGGUAAGUCGACUUUGUUAUCAAAGUUGACUGGAACCCAUUCAGAAGCUGCUGCCUACGAGUUCACAACAUUGACAACAGUUCCAGGUACUAUUAAAUACAAAGGUGCCAAGAUUCAAAUGUUGGAUUUGCCAGGUAUCAUUGAAGGUGCAAAGGACGGUAAAGGUCGUGGUAGACAAGUUAUCGCAGUUGCUAGAUCUGUUAAUCUAAUUUUUUUGGUGUUGGAUGUCAACAAGCCUUUGCAACAUAAAAAAAUUAUUGAACACGAAUUAGAAGGAAUGGGGAUAAGGAUAAACAAAGAGCCGCCUAAUAUUGUGAUCACCAAGAAGGAUAAAGGUGGUAUUAACAUUACGAACACCGUACCAUUAACGCAUUUGGACAAUGACGAAAUCAGAGCCGUAAUGUCUGAAUAUAAAAUAAACAGUGCUAAUAUUGCUUUUAGAUGUGAUGCUACAGUGGAUGACUUAAUUGAUGCCAUCGAGGCAAAAGCUAGAAAAUACAUUCCCGCAAUCUAUGUGUUGAAUAAAAUCGACUCAUUCUCUAUCGAAGAGUUGAAUCUUUUAACAAAAAUCCCAGAUGCCAUUCCAAUAUCCUCAGCUAAUGGUUGGAACUUGGACGACUUGUUGCAGAUGAUGUGGGACAAGUUGAAAUUAGUGAGAGUAUACACAAAACCUAAGGGGAAAUUACCCGAUUUCAAUGAGCCAGUUGUUUUGCGAAGUGACAGAUGUACGGUGGAGGAUUUCUGUAACUCCAUUCACAAGUCUUUGGUGGAAGAUUUCAGAAAUGCUCUAGUGUAUGGUACCUCGGUUAAGCACCAGCCACAAGUUGUUGGUUUGAACCAUCAAUUGGAAGAUGAAGAUGUGAUUACGAUUUUGAAGAAAUAA